AGCACUUGGUGUGUCUUUAACUUUUCUUUAAAGGCACACUAUAUAUCCAUAAACAUAAACAUAUAUAUAUACACACACACACAAUGGGUUCAUGUGGAGCUAAUUUUUCAUUAGGUGUGAAGAAGAGGGAGAUCAUCGCGGCUGCAUUGCCAGUACAAGACCAUUGGCUACCCAUGUCAAACCUAGACCUCCUUCUUCCACCGUUAGACGUCGGAGUUUUCUUCUGUUACAAGAAAUCUCUUCCUUUCGACGAAAGCAUGAACGUAAUCAAAAGCUCACUAGCACAAGCGCUAGCUCUAUUUUACCCGUUUGCCGGAGAAGUAGUUCAUAACAUCCUUGGAGAGCCAGAGCUGUUGUGUAAUAACCGGGGUGUCGAUUUUAUUCAAGCUUAUGCGGAUAUGGAGCUUAAGAACGUUGAUCUUUACAACCCUGAUGAUUUUGUUGACAAAAAACUUGUUCCAUCUAAAAAACAAGGGGUUCUUAUGGUUCAGGUGACUGAGCUCAAAUAUGGAGGAUUAGUAAUUGGAUGCACAUUUGAUCAUCGAAUAGCCGAUGCAUACUCUAUAAACAUGUUCUUAACUGCAUGGGCCGAGAUUAGUCAAUCAAAACCGGUUUCAUGUCCUCCAUCUUUUAGGCGAUCCAUGCUUAACCCAAGACACCCACCUGUUUUAAACACUUGCUAUGACAACCUUUUCGUACCAUUUUCGUCUCUCCCUCCUCCACGCUCUUAUUUGCCGGCUGCCAAUCCUCUCAUAAGCCGAAUUUACUACAUUGAAGCCAAAGAUAUCAACGACCUCCAAUCGAAUUCUAGCUUGAAUGGAAACCCAAAAAAAAGUAAAUGUGUUACAUUUAUUGCUUACUUAUGGAAGCUAAUAGCAGAAUGUGAUGAUGGUUUCAAUACUUGUAAAAUGGGAGUUGUUGUUGACGGAAGAGAAAGGCUAGAUACCGUCGAUUUUGACAAAUUAUCUUUGUCGAAUACUAAGUGUUUCUCCAUGAGAAAUUAUUUUGGAAAUGUUCUUUCUAUUCCAUAUGGUGAGGCAAAAUCAAGUGAGCUUAAAGAGAUGCCAUUAAGUUUGGUGGCUAAUAUGGUUUAUGAGUUUGUGUCUCCUGCAUUAAGUGAAGAACAUUUUAGGGGACUUAUUGAUUGGGUUGAGUUACACCGACCAGAGCCAGCCGUUGCUAAGAUUUAUACGAAAAUGGAAGAAGAUGAUGGUGAAGCUGUAGUGGUGUCAUCCGGACAACGCUUUCCAGUAGAAAGCGUUGAUUUCGGAUGGGGGAAGCCACAUUUUGGGUCAUAUCAUUUUCCUUGGGGUGGACAAACAGGAUAUGUAAUGCCGAUGCCAAGUGCACAAAAGAAUGGAGAUUGGAUAGUGUAUAUGCAUCUCCUUGAAAAGCAUAUGGACUUGGUUGAGACCAAAGGAAAGAAGAUUUUUAAACCUUUGACUCAAUCUUAUCUAGACUUCUAA